AUGGCCAGUCUCCUCCUGUGCACACUUACUGCGGUUUUAAGUAUGGAAUUCCUGGUUGGAAAUGUAGGAAAUGGGUUUGUGGUCCUGGUGAACUGCAGGGCGUGGCUCGGGAGAAGAAAGAUGUCGGCCGUGGACCAAAUCCUCACCACUUUGGCAAUCUCCAGAAUUGGCAUGCUGGGGGUGACCUUCCUCAACUAUUGGGUCACAUUAUGCGACCCCUCUGUACUGAUGAAUGCAAACAUAUUAAGAACGAUUUAUAUUCCAUGGGCGAUCGUCAACCAUUUCAGCCUCUGGCUUGCCACAAGUCUCAGCAUCUAUUAUUUUCUCAGGAUAGCUAAUUUUUCCAAUGCCUUCUUCCUCUAUCUGAAGUACAGAGUUAAGAUGGUGGUCUCUGGGACACUGCUGGUCUCUCUGGCUCUCUUGUUGGCGAACACGGUGCUGAUGAACUUGUACAUCGAUGUCUGGAUUCACAGCUCUGAAACAAAUGCGUCUUCCACGCCCAGAGGGGACUUUGCCAAACUUCUUUUAACCCCCAGUUUCAUCUUCUCCAUCCUCCCUUUCUUGAUCUCUCUGGCAGCGUUCUUGCUGCUCAUUGUCUCACUAUGGAAACACGGGAGGCGCAUGCUGGCCCACAGAUCGGCACCCAAGGGUGGGCCAGCACUCAGGGGUCCACCUGCACCCAGGGACUCACGCACCGCAGCCCACAUCUGGGCUCUAAGCAGCGUGAUCGCCUUCCUCCUCCUUUACACCCUCUUCUUCCUUGCCUUUCUCUUGCAGAUCUGCAAGUUCGAAUUCCUGGAGAAGAGUCUGAUCAUUUUGUUUUGCCAAGUCAUGGCACUUGCUUUUCCGAUGGGUCACUCCAUUGUUCUCAUCCUGGGGACCAGAAAACUGCGGGGGGCCGCUCUGUCUGCACUGGGGGGCUGUGGGGUUGUGGGGCACUGCAGGAGGCCGGGAGGCCUCGGGUCCCUAGAACCUGCUGCUGGUUCUGGGAGAAACACGGUCCCCGGGAAAUAA